AUGUCGCACAUGCCGGCCAGGAGCUGCUCCUCCAUCCAGGGCAGGGCGGCCACCUGGACGCCGAGCGGCUGGCCCAGCGCGCCGCGGGACGCCUUAGAUGGAAAAUCUGUCCUAUACAGUGCCGGGCGCCGCGGUGGGGCGCCGGGGCCGGUCAGACUCACUGAUCAGCUCUGCCACCUUGUCGUGGGGCGGCGGCGGACAGGCGAAGCCGGGCAUCAGCAGCAGCUGAACCUGCUGCCGCUCAGCUCGCACGUGCUGCAGCUGGAGGCGCUGCCGAAGCGCUCGGCGUCCGACCCGCCGUCAGCCUCCGAGCGUCAGCUGACCGAGCUGCGAGACAGCCUGCAGGACACGCAGCCGGUGGGCGCGCUGGUGGGCUGCUGCCGCACCGCCGACCAGGCCAAGGCGCUGCUCAAGUUUGUGGAGGCCAUCAGCGAGAAGCGUCUGCGCUCCACCGUGUCUCUGACGGCCGCCCGGGGCCGCGGAAAGUCGGCCGCGCUCGGGCUGGCCAUCGCCGCGGCCGUCGGCUUCCAGUACUCCAACAUAUUCGUCACCUCGCCGAGUCCCGAGAACCUGAACACCCUGUUCGAGUUCGUGCUGAAGGGCUUCGACGCCAUGGACUACCAGGAGCACCUGGACUACGAGCUGAUCCAGAGCACCAACCCCGAGUUCAACAAGGCCGUGGUGCGCGUGAACGUCUUCAAGGAGCACCGGCAGACCAUCCAGUACAUCCACCCCAGUGACGCGGUGAAGCUGGGCCAGGCCGAGCUGGUGGUGAUUGACGAGGCGGCCGCCAUUCCGCUACCGCUGGUCAAGGCGCUGCUCGGGCCCUACCUGGUCUUCAUGUCUUCCACCAUCAACGGGUACGAGGGCACGGGCCGCUCUCUGUCGCUCAAGCUGCUGGAGCAGCUGAGGUCCCAGAGCGGCGCCGGCUCCACCGCCGCCAAGACGGGCGCCGAGGCGCAGAACGCCGGAAGGACCCUGGUUGAGGUGUCGCUGGACGAGUCGAUCCGGUACCGGCCCGGCGACCCGAUCGAGUCGUGGCUGAACGCGCUGCUCUGUCUGGACGCCAGCGCGGUGCGGCCUCUGAGCACAGGCUGCCCGCCGCCCGAGCACUGCGAGCUCUACUACAUCAACCGGGACACGCUCUUCUGCUACCACCGCGCCUCCGAGGCCUUCCUGCAGCGACUCGUCUCGCUCUACGUCGCCUCGCACUACAAGAACACGCCCAACGACCUCCAGAUGAUGUCUGACGCGCCGGGCCACCACCUGUUCUGUCUGCUGGGGCCCGUGGCGGCCAGCCAGUCGCUCCUGCCAGAAAUCCUCUGUGUCAUACAGGUGUGUCUGGAGGGCGAGAUAUCGAAGACGUCCAUCCUGGACGGCCUGUCUCGCGGGAAGCGCGCCGCCGGCGACCUGAUCCCCUGGAACAUUGCGCAGCAGUACCAGGACAAGGAGUUCCCGCAGCUGUCGGGCGCCAGGGUGGUGCGCAUCGCCACCCACCCCGACUACCAGGGCAUGGGAUACGGCGGCCGCGCCCUGGAGCUGCUCCACCAGUACUACGAGUUCAAGUUUCCGCCCCUGGACGACCUGCCGGACCCUGCCGACACCCAGAUCGAGCCGGUCACAGACUCUGAGGUGGGCCUGCUGGAUGAGCAGAUCGCGCCGCGAAAGAAGCUGCCGCCGCUGCUGCUGAAGCUGCAGGAGCGCCGGCCGGAGCCGCUCGACUACAUGGGUGUCUCCUACGGCGUCACCCAGCCGCUGCUCAAGUUCUGGAAAAAGGCCGGAUACACGCCCGUCUACAUGAGGCAGACGGCCAACGACCUGACGGGCGAGCACACGUGCAUCAUGCUGCGUCCGCUGCGGCCGUCGGCCGCCGAGCCGGCGCCGCCGCCGCCCGACGACCACUGGCUGCCGGCGUUCUGGGCCGACUUCCGGCGCCGCUUCCUGGCGCUGCUGGGCUACCAGUUCCGCGCCUUCACCACCGGGCUGGCGCUCAGCGUGCUGUCCAACGCGGCGCAGAGCCAGCCGAGCUCAGAGGUGGAGCGCGCUGUGCUGGAGGAGUUUGUCAGUCCGUACGACCUGCGCCGGCUGGAGCUGUACGCCACAAACAUGGCCGACUACCACCUGAUCACGGACCUUCUGCCGGCCGUGGCGCGGCUCUUCCUGCUCGGCCGGUUCGGCGACUGCCACCUCUCCCCAGUACAGACGUGCAUUCUGAUCGGGCUGGGGUUGCAGUACAAGACGGUGGACGAGCUGGCCAAGGAGCUGGAUCUGGCGGCUAGCCAGCUGCUCGGACUCUUCAACAGAACCAUCCGCAAGCUGACGCAACUGCUCAGAGCGGUGUACGAGAAGGAGAUCGAGUCAACGUUCUCGGAACGGAAGGCCAUCGACAUGGGCCCGGCCGCCAAGACAAUCACAGAGGAGCUGGACGAGGCGGCUCAGGAGCUGGCCGAAAAGCAGAAGGCUGAACUGGAGAAGCUGAAGCUGCAGGACCUCAGCCAGUACGUCAUCAAGGGUGCCGAGAGCGACUGGCAACAGGCGCUCGGCAGCGGCAAGCUCAGCAAGAGCUCUGUCUCCGUCAAAAGCGGGGAGAAGCGGAUAGAGCGGUCCGAGAUCGAGAUGGACAUCGAACGUCUGGACGGCCCCGUCCCCAAAAAGGCCAAGGGAGAGAAAUUCAAAAACAUCGGCAAACCCAAGCCGAAGCAGAAACACAAACACAAGGGCCAGCAGCUGGCGACGCGGUGAUGCGACGCCGAGGACCGGGACGCCAACAUGAGUAUUUGUAGUAGCUAGCUCUGUGACUCGCUCGCUUGUCAUUGUACUGCCGGUGUCAUGAUGUGUUAGAAAACAACAUGUCUUUAAACA